UUCGUUUUACAUAAACUGUAAUGAUUUAGGGACAUAGGAGUGCAUAAUAGUCUUUUUUUUGUUUUGGUUGGGACUUGGGAGCAGGGGCAUGUUGUAAUUUCACCUAAAUUGUGUGAGAACUCCGAAACCCUAAGUCCCACACAUCUCCCUUCAUUCAACGGACUGGGGUUUUUGGUUGUUGGCUCUCCUCUGAUUCAGCAGCAAUGGGUCGGAAGCACCACGACGUCGCUUUUCUCUCAGAGCCCUUAGCUUCCGACACUGUCGAGAAUCAGGAUGCGAAGUCGAAGAAGAAGCAGAAACGAAAGCACGAACAUCACGAGGUCGAGCCGUCGCCAGUUCCCGAGCCGGGAAUAGCAGUUGAAUCAAAUAACGAUAAGAAAAAAAAGAAGAAGAAGAAACAAAAGCACACUGCCGAUGAAGGGGACGAAAAUAUUAACGGGUCCUCAGAUGCAUCGAAAAAUACACAAGUUAAGAAAGAAAAUGGAGGAGCUGAGGUUCCGAACAAUGGGUCAGUUGAGCUUCAAUGCGUCAGUGAGGGAGUUUUCAUGUCUGGGAAAGAUGUGAAUGAUUUAAAGUUUAAGGCUUUGGAGAAAUUCUCGGACUCCGGGCUUCCGGACAAGGUGCUGGAAUGCUGCAAGAGUUUUGCUAAGCCAUCUCCAAUCCAGUCUCAUUCCUGGCCAUUUCUGCUAAACGGCCGUGAUUUUAUUGGGAUUGCAGCAACCGGGUCAGGUAAGACAUUGGCAUUUGGCAUCCCGGCUAUAAUGCAUAUUCUGAGCAAACGAAAGGGGAAAAAGCCAAAGAAUCCUAUUUGCCUUGUGCUUUCACCCACCAGGGAGCUGGCUCAGCAAAUUUCGGAUGUUAUACGUGAUGCUGGAAAGCCCACUGGAAUAGGAUCAGUUUGUGUAUAUGGAGGAACUUCCAAAGGACCCCAGAUAUCUGCUCUGAAAUCUGGAGUGGACAUUGUAAUCGGAACCCCUGGUCGCCUGAAGGACUUGAUUGAAAUGGGAAUCUGCCAGUUAAAGGAAGUGUCUUUUGUUGUUUUAGAUGAAGCUGAUCGGAUGCUUGAUAUGGGAUUUGAACCAGAGGUUCGCUCUAUAUUGAGCCAGACAUGCUCUGUUCGCCAAAUGGUUAUGUUUAGUGCCACAUGGCCCCCACCUGUUCAUCAGUUAGCUCAGGAAUUCAUGGACCCCCACCCUGUUAAGGUUGUUAUAGGUUCUGAAGAUUUAUCAGCCAACCACGAUGUGAUGCAAAUAGUGGAGGUCUUGGAGGACAGAGCACGUGAUGAACGCUUACAAAAUUUGUUAGAAAAGUACCACAAGACUAGAAAGAAUAGAGUAUUGGUUUUUGUAUUAUACAAGAAAGAAGCAUCUCGAGUUGAAUCUAUGUUACAGAGGAGGGGUUGGAAAGCGGUUUCUAUAAGUGGUGACAAGGCACAACAUGCACGCACGGAGGCAUUGGCACAGUUUAAGGAUGGAAGCUGUCCUUUGUUGAUAGCCACAGAUGUGGCAGCCAGAGGUCUCGACAUUCCUGAUGUUGAAGUUGUGAUAAAUUAUAGUUUUCCUCUCACAACAGAGGACUAUGUGCACAGAAUAGGGAGGACUGGAAGAGCUGGCAAGAAGGGUGUAGCUCAUACAUUCUUCACAAAAGAAAACAAGGGGCUAGCAGGGGAACUGAUAAAUGUUCUUAAAGAAGCAAAUCAGAUUGUACCAUCUGAGCUCCUGAAAUUUGGCACCCAUGUGAAGAAAAAGGAGUCGAAGCUUUAUGGUGCACAUUUCAGAGAGAUUGAUCCCAGCGCUGCAAAAUCUACAAAGAUAAAAUUCGACAACUCUGAUGACGAAGAUUAAGUAGCUGCAUUCGCGAUAAUUAAGCUUUGGGACAUUAUCUUUUUUCUAUAGGGGGCAUAAUUGAAUGGAUGAUUCUCUGGUAGUGGAAACUCAAUUAUCCUCACCAAACCAUAAUAGGAUCACAUUAGUUAUUCUUUCUUCUGCUUUCAUGUUCUUUUAAUGUAUGGAGUAUUAAUAAAACAUGCUUUGUACC